CACACUCGGCGAGCGGCGGCGGCAGAGGCGGUCGCGGCAGCCGCCGCUCCCAGCGGGAGGGCGGGCUGGAGCCCUCUCCACCGUGCCGCCGCCGCCAUGGAGAAACAGCCCGGCGGCGAGGACGACUGCGUGGACUCGGGAGCGGAGACGGGCGGGUCUGAGUACAGCCGUAUGUCCUCUACCAGCAGUGAACUUUCUGUGGAAGGCAUACAAGACCCAUUCCUUGUUAGUGUACAUAUUAUCACAGACCCAGGUGAAUCCAAGACUCUUCAGCAAGCCAUCGAUAAGCUUCUAGCCUGGAUCCAUCCAGACCUCCAGCUGUUCCGAGUCUCAGAAAGACGAGUACCCAAGAAGCGCAGGAAGCCAGUUAAGGCUGGUGUUUCUCAGCCAGCCCUUGCCAUCAUUCUGUUUCUGCAGGAGGAGUAUGGAGAAGAACCAAUCUUGCAGCUCCAUGAAACCUUUCAGCGGCCACCUUGGCAUUACCACCACACAGAGCUAAUGCAUGGAAAAUUCCUCCCUUACAUGCCUUGCAGCCAAGACUUUUACACUUUGGCUCCAGAGACUCCUCUGUGGGCCAUUCGCCCAGUGCACUACGGGAAAGAAAUGAUCCGCUUCACCAUAUACUGCAGGAAUGAAAACUUUGGGGACAUUUUGAAAUUGUAUGAGUUAAUAUUGAAAAGACCUGUAUGUCAGAAAAAAGCAGACUUUUGUGUUUUUCCUGUCUAUUCUAACAUGGAAAUAGACAUUCAGUUUUCUUUAAAGAAACUUCCAAAGGGCCAGGUGCCAAUGACAACAGAGUCAGCAGUGCUGGAGUUUAGAGUAAAAGAUGUGGGGCAGCUUGUGCCUCUCUUGCCCAACCCAUGCAGCCCCAUCAGUGAAGACAGAUGGCAGACAGAAGACCAUGAUGGAAAUAGGAUCCUUUUGCAGCAAGCACGCAGUUGGUGUAGGAAGGCUGCAAAGCAGAGCAAGCAACCGUAUCCACCUCUGUCAACAGAUUCCCACUUCACCACUCUGCCAGCCUUUCUUCCUCAGAGCCACCUAUCUAUCUCUGAACAACCACAAGAAAUGGGUCAAAAAAAGGGCAAACGUGUUCUACUUGUGAAUGGCAGCAGUGGGUCCACCUUGAGCAUACAGAAGGUUCCUCGCUGAGGAGAAGGUGAUGCAGCAGAGUGCGUUAAAUAUUUGAAGAAAAUACUCAAAAUCCUCUGAGAUGGGUAUUCCCAAACUAGGUACAGUAAAGCAGUCUGAGCUUGUGCCUUUACCUUUGUACUGGAGGAGAUGAUCAGCACAGAGGCUUUUCCACAGCACUGCAAGGUGGAUGUUUUGUGUGACUGACCCUUUGGUGGUGAAAGAAAUGCCAGAAGAGGCAUAUAGUAUUCCGUUUUAAUUUGGCAGAAAAUGAAGAUUAAUUUGUGAUACCAAACUGCUUUAACUUUAUGAGAAAUUCCUUUAACUCAAGAAAGAUGGGAGAAGAAAGGGGUCUUAUUUCACUUUCACAAGUUCCAAAGGCAGCUCUAAGCACAGCGGGUCCCAGCAGUACCUCUCAAGUAGAGUCAGGCAAGAAGUUUCCUGUGAGGAGACACACUAUUCCUUCUAACCUCUGAGACCUGGCAGUGGUGAGGAGGGGGAGAACCACAGAAUCAUCAAGGUUGUAAGAGACCUUGAAGACUGUCUAGUCCAAGUGUCAACCUAGCACUACCAUAAUCACCCCUAAAACAUAUUCCCAUGUGCCAUAUCCAGCUGCCUCUUGAACACUUCCAGAGACUGACUCCACCACCUCCCUGGACAACUUAUUCCAAGGCCUAACCACUCUUUCAGUGAAUAAUUUUUUUCUAAUAUCUAAUCUGAAACUCCCCUGGUGGGGGAGGUUAAUUUCUGCUCAUCUUUGCACUUGUGACAUGGCAGAAGAGACCGACCACCACCUCUUUCAGGUAGUUGUAGAGAGCAGUGAGGUGUCCCCUGAGCCUUCUUUUCUCCAGGCUAAACAGCCCCAGUUCCCUCAGUUGUUCCUCAUAAGAUUUUGCUGCAGACCCUGCCCCACCUCCAUUGCCCUUCUCUGGACUCACUCCAGCACCUCAAUGUCUUUCCUGUAGUGAGGGGCCCAAAACUGAACACUGGAUUCGAGGUGUGGCCUCACCAGUGCCGAGUAAAGUGGGACAAUUGCUGCCCUGGUCCUGUACUGGCCACACUGUUGCUGACAAAGGCCAGGAUGCCAUUGGCCUUCUUGGCCUCUUGGGCAACUGCUGGCUCAUAUCCAGCUGGCUGUGAAUCAGCACCCCCAGUCCCUUUCCACUAAGCAGCUCUUAAGGCACUCUUUCCCCAGUCUGUAGCUCUGCCUGGGGUUGUUGUCACCCAAGUGCAGGACCCAGCACUUGGUUCAUGUUAUUGAGCCUCAUACCAUUGUCCUCAGCCCAUUGACCCAGUCUGUCAAGAUCUCUCUGUAGAGCCUUACAACCCUCCAGCAGAUCAACACUCCUGCCCAACUUUAUGUCUUCUGUGAACUGACUGAGGAUACACUCAAUCCCCUCAUCUAAAUCAUCGAUGAAGAUGUGAAAAAGGACUGACCCCAAUACUGAGUCCUGAGUAACACCACUAGUCACCAGCCACCAAAUGGAUUUAGUUUCAUUCACCACCGCUCUCUGGCCUUGGCCAUCCAGACAGUUUUUCACCCAGCAAAGAGUACACCUGUCCACAUGCAGCCAAUUACUUCAGGUGAAUGCUGUGGGAGAUGGUAUCAAAGGCUUUACUGAAGUCUAGAUCGACAACAUCCACCACCUUUCCCUCACCUCCUAAGUGGGUCGCUUUGUCAUAGAAGGUGAUCAGGUUGGUCAAGCAGGACCUACUUUUUGUAAAUCCUGGGGGCCUGAUCCCCUGGUUGUCCUGUAGAUGCCAUUUGAUGGUCCUCAGGAUGAUCUGCUCCAUGACCUUCCCUGGUACCAAGGUCAGGCUGAUAGGCCUAUAGUUUCCCAGAUCUUCCUUCCAACCCUUGUAGAUGGGCAUUAUAUUUGCUAAUUUACAGUCAGCUGAGACUUCUCUAUUUAACCAGGACUGCUGGUAAAUGAUUGAAAGUGGUUUGGCAAGCUCUUUUGCCACUUCCCUCAUUACUCUCGGGUGCAUCCUAUCUAGGCACAUAGGUGUCUGACUGGAACCCUUUCCUCCUGGAUUAUAGGGGCUUCAUUCUACUCCCUGUCUCUAACUUCCAGCUCUGGUAGCUGGAUAUCCUGGGGGAAACUGGUUUUGGUAUUAAAAACUAAGGCAAAGAAGGCAUUAAGCACCUCAGCCUUUUCCUCAUCCCCUGACACUUUGUUACCCUCUGCAUCCAGCAAAGGAUAGAGACUCUCAUUAGUCCUCCUUUUGCUGCCAAUGUAUUUAUAGAAUUUUUUUGAAGAAGCUUCACUCCUCCCCAGGGAAAAGAAAGCUCCACUGUAUCUCUGACAGGCCAGAUGUAGAAAGUGCCAAGAGGGAAACAUUAGAGAACAUUUUAAACCCCUCCCAUCCAAAAAGCCCUUCAUUCCCAGUUGGAAGGGAGCUAUCUGGGCUGUUGUCUGAACUACUUGUGUGGACAGGGGUAACCCAAGUACACCAUGUUUGCUACUUCUAACUCAGGCAAUACACAGCUUACUGAAAGAUAACCCAGCAUUUUUAUGUAGGCCCAAAUAUAUGACAGCGCCAUGUUUUUUUAAGGGAUUGUUAUUUUUCUGUUAAAAAAUAAGUAAUGCAGAAACUUAUUCUUUGUAUUUCCAGUGCAAGCAUACUUCUUUCUGGGUAAAACACAUUUCUUCUCAAAUACUUCUCUCCAAAGGGAAAACAAGUCAAAUUUUACUGGCUUUCAAAAGAUGUUUUUAAAAUACACAUUCUUGAUAACUUGUUUUGCUCUGGUUAAUUUGGUAUUUAAAAAAAAAAUGUAAGUAAAAAGCUAAGUACCUUCUCCAGGAUUUAGGUCAAAUAAACAGAUUUCAUCAUGCACAUUCUGAAAAGUAUCCCUGAUUGCAGCUCUGGUCUAGCCACUGAGAAAAUAAGCAUGUAAAAAUGUGUAUGUAUAAUGAUGGAUGUAGCCUAUGUACAGGUGUAGAUGCUGAAGGCCUACCAUGAUGGCAUUGUGGUGUAUGGAAUAAAAACUCAUUUUUUGAGAAAUUACAAGAUAAUUUUAAUCAAAAGAAUUGCCACUUUGCAGAAAAAGGGGGAAAAAAAGAAAAAAAAAGGGCAGAAAAGCACACAUACUCUAAAUAAUAGUUACAAAACGUGGAACAGCUUCCCUAGCUCAUUUAAGGAAGUGCACAGUUCAUACAAUUCUGGAAGGAAGCCUGGGGGAAACUGAGUACAUGUUUAUAGGGGAGGCGGAGGAAUUCCAAUUAACCUGCACCCCCAGUCCAGAAGAGGCCAGAGGGAUACUCCAGAGUCGAAAUGCCUAAUGGCUUUUUCCUUUUGCGGUUGUUUUCUCCACACAGGGAAAAAGGCAUCAAGCUGAAGUCUAAGUCUCCCAUCUGUGAGAUAGUAUCGUAGCAUGUACCAGGGGUAGACUUUGGCUUUUGUGCUAAACACAAUGAAUAAACAGGGAAGUCUAUUCAAGCUCUAAGAGCACAGAACAUUAUCAGCCUUCUCGUACCCUCUAAAACUGUGUAAGCUUACUGCACUUUGGGGUAAACUGUUCUCUUUCUGGGACCAAAAAUAGCACUAAUGAAGGAUUUGUCAUGGUGUGGAUGUGUUUACCUUCUCUGUGCUCCCUCAGAGCCCAUGAAGUCUUUCCUCUGACUUUCAUGACCUUUAGAUUAAAUCCCCCCCCGGAACAUGGUGAGCCCAAUUUAUCUAAAGUCCUCUUCCAUGUUAUUGUUUGUACCCUGCCAAAAUACACUGUGAAGUCAGACUAGCCACUUUUUCCAUCAACCUGCAAUUCACCAUACAAGCAGUGAUGCCUAGGACAGUCAGGCUCCACAGAUUUAAAUUUAUGCUUCAUUAUUUUGUGUCAUGUUCAUGGUCGUACAAAAAUAAAUGAUGAAAUAGCAUUGUAUAUUUAUUGGACAGACAUUUUAUCAACACUAGCUACUUCUAGAUGUGACAAACAACAGGAUAAAUUUGACUCAAAUCUGUUAAAACUUUUAGUAUUCCUUAUUUGGAAUAAGAAAAAAAAGAGCCUUUUCACAAUAUUUUAAUAAUACAGAUAAGAUUUGAUCUGAACAUGAAAUAAAAAACUCAUUUGACCUGAUGUAGCUGUCUGAUCCUCGCACCGUGCCAACACCCAAACUCCUGACAAAAGCUGAGUGGGGUUUUUCAUGAAGAGGAGGCUUUGAAACAUCUUUCCACCUAGGGCAUACCUCUAGAAGAAGGCACAUCUGGGGGGCCGUCACCCGAUGCAGCAGGAAGCACCAGUACUGGAGAUCUACAAAGAAGUACAGGAUAGUUCAAGUGUCAGUCCUGAGGUUCAUGUGUGGUAUUAAUAAGCAGCUCUGCAAGCAUCUCAGCUCCAGAUUUCAGCACAUUCCUAAUGGGAAGAAAACCAAAUGAGUCCCCACAGACUCUGAAUUUAUGCUGUCUCACUGGUUCUGUCUCCAAGUAUUUCUGUUCUGUGUACUGAUACCUAACUAAAAAUGAAAGUUUUAAUUGUUUACAUUGAUGGUACUUGUAACCAAAUUUUGUAAAAAACUGAGUGUCCUACUGUCAGGAAAAACAGAGGUGAUAGUGUACAGAAAACAUUUUGUCUAUAAAAAAAAAAAGCCAGAUUAUGAAGUGAGUUUCACUGGAGGUAGGCUUCAUUAAUUCUCUUCUCAUUAUUUAAGAAGGGGCUCAUCUUUUCAGUUAGUUGAAUAUGCGCAUGUUUCAUGGCAUUUACUUAUUGUUUUGAUUAAAUUAUGAACAAUGUCCUUUAAGAACUGCAGGCUUCCCCUGAACUUUCUCCUCACCCCAGAAUGCAUUUCUUCUGUGAAAUAAAGUAGAGAUAAAAAGUCAAUUGUACUUAUUCUUCUGUGUGUUCAGACUCACACAUUAUUUUAACUAGGCUUCAAAAAUGACUGCAGUGCCACAAGCUCUACAGCUUUUGGCAGUGUGUGUCAGUGGGAUAAUUACAAAAUAAACAUAGCAAAAACA